CUCACACGCGCCAAAUCAGCACCAGUGCAGAUAUCAAAAGGAGCAGCACAGCGACACCGCGACGCGAACUUCGAAGGCGCAAAGACACUCAGGACACUGCCUCUGCGCUCGCACUCCUGCACAAGCACUCACCACGACCACCAAGCAAGCAAGCGCAAGCAAGCGCAAGAGAAGCGACGGCACCCGACACGACAGGCACGGUGGCCAGUUAGUGAAGUCAAGUACUUUCUUACUUUCAAAUCAGCAGUUCCAUUCGCCUAUUCGCCUUCAUAGACCAGCUCCUCAGCUCACCGAAGGCUCGAAGCCGACCACCACAGCACCAGACCACCCCACUCUACUCCAGCCUACUACGAGUACUACGACCAUAACAGCCAGCCAACAUGAACCCUGAGUACGACUACUUGUUCAAACUCUUGCUUGUUGGCAAGAGCGGGGCUGGGAAGUCGUGCUUACUGCUUCGCUUCGCAGAGGAUACGUUUACUCAGUGCCACUUCACAUCGUCCGGAGGUGGGGUCGACUUUAAGAACCACACAGUGGAAUUGGAUGGCAAAGUCAUCAAGCUCCAGAUAUGGGACAUGGAUGGUGAUGAAUCCCGGUUUCGGACUAUCACAUCAUCGUACUAUCGAAGCGCGCACGGGAUCAUUGUCUGCUAUGACGUCACCGACAAGGAUUCUUUCGACAAUGUCAACUACUGGCUCCAAGAAAUUGACCGCUACGCUCACGAGAACGUCAACAGGCUUCUCCUCGGCAACAAAAUCGAUCUGGAAGCAAAGAAGCAAGUGGACCAUGCCACUGCCAAGGAGUUCGCAGACAAUGUUGGCAUGCCUUUUCUUGAGGUUAGUGCAAAAAACAACAUUAACGUGGAGGAGGCCUUCAUGACGGUCGCUGCAGACAUCAAGGCCCGCAUGGGACCGACGAUUAUGAAGAAGAAGGACCCACUCGUCCUCGAGUUCAAAGCCAAACCGUCCGUCAAGGCCCGACGACGCGUGCGCCGGGGCGUCGCUGAUACCAUGUGCGACUGGAUUGAGAAGAAGCAAGGCAACUUUCCACACAUGUGGCAGCGCCGCUGGCUCGUCCUGAGCGACACACAACUCACAUACACCAAGACGGAAUGGCAAGGCGAGAAGCCACGCGGCACCAUCCCCCUCACCGACAUCUUUGAGGUGGAGGUCCCCGACCUCACCAAGCCCCUCUUCAACCUGCACACGCCCAGCCGCACCUACUUCAUGAGCGCAAGCUCGAUGGAUGCCCGCGACAAAUGGUUCUCCAAGAUUAACCAUGCCAUGAAAGCGGUUUCGUUUGAGGAAGUCUCGCUUACGCACGAGUUCCUGGACAAGCCGCGUGGACAACACGGCCGCGUGCAGGUGGCAAAGGUGUCGUGUGAGCAUAUCACCGCAUCCGUGGCCGCCUUCAAGUGUCUGCACUUGCGCAACAUUGUCCUUGACGUGGGCAUGGUGGAUGCCUUCACUGCGGAAAUCAACCUUCUGCGCCAGGUCAGGAUCAACCACGAAAACGUUGUGGCGUUCCUGGGCCACGGCCAGAUGCCCAUCACCGCGCUUGAGGAGCACGAGAGCACAGACACCAUUCGUGACCUGAAGCAGGAGCUGCCGCUUGUGCCUUUCUACCUGAUGGAGGCGAUGGACAUGUCGCUGCACAGCUUCCUGUUUGACCCCUGCUGCCCGCUCACCGCCGCGCAGGCCCUGCACUGCAUGCGAGCAGCCAUCAGCGCCGUGCACUACCUGCACUCCCGCACGCCCUCCAUCAUCCACGCCGACAUCAACACGCCAAACUUUCUCGUCAACGCAAACUUUCACGUCAAGCUGGCAGACUUUGGCUGCGCGCGCGCCGAGGAGAGGGCAGACACCAAGUUCACGGACGUCGUGUCCACCCCUGGCUACGCCGCCCCGGAGGUGUUCAGCACGGAAGGGUGGACGAAGGCCAUUGACGUGUUCAGCCUGGGCGUGGUGCUGUUUGAGCUGUUGCACCAGCGAAAGGCGUACCACUACGAUGGGUCUGGCUGUACGACGCUGGAAGAGUACAAGCGGCGCGUGAGCGCGUUUGAGCUGCCGCAGGUGGAGGAGCCAACCACGGACCUGGCCAGGCGGGACGCAGCAAACGAGGACCUGCUGCAGACCGCAAUCCACUCAUGUCUUGGCAAGGCCGGCACCCGCCCGUCGCCAGUCCACCUGCUUGACCCCUUGAAGAAGUCCCGUGAGCUGUAUGACGCGCGCCCGGUUGCCACGCCCGCGUGGCUGGGCGCCAAGAUCACACAGGUGCAGUCCCAUACGGAAGACACGCCUGUGCCGUCGCUGAGCACGGUGGACCGGGCAUGGCUGCCCAAGCCGCGAGGAAGCAGCGAGGAGGGGGAGGAGGAAGGAGAUAAAAGUGGCAACAGCGAUCACCUUGCAGAUGGUGGCAGUGACGGCAACGCGCGCACGCAGGCCGCUCACGAGGAAGCACAGGCAGAGGGAAGCAGCAGCGGCGGCAGCAGUGGAGAGGAAGGGAAGCAAGACAAACAAGAGAAGGAGAAGGAGAAGGAUGAGAAUGGGGAGGAGUGGCCCGAGUACGAGUAUGACGUGUUUAUCAGUUAUCGCAAAGAGUGCGACCGUGUGGCUGCCGAGGGCGUUGCAGACCAGCUGCAGCACGCGCAGCUCCGGGUGUUCCUGGAUGCAGACUCCAUCUUGCCGUCACACGACUGGCAGCAGACGUUCCAAGAUGCCCUGCGCCGCUCGCGCCUCUUCCUCCCGCUCAUGUCCCACCGCUCGCUCUGUGAGACGGGCCCGUGCAAUGGCUUGCACAACGUGACGCCGACCUCGCCCGUCGACAACGUGCUGCUGGAGUAUGAGAUGGCCGUGAUGCUUGCAAGCAAAGGGCGCAUGUCCAUCUUUCCUGUUGGCCUGGCAGAGGGUGUUGAUGUGCCUGGCCGCGGACGGGCCAUCUUGCCGUUUGGCGAUUUUGACUUCCCCUCGCGCUGCCCGGAAACAGGGACACCCACGGCGCCGGACGGCAGUGUCAGGGCGACGAUGGAGGCGGUGUUUUCGCGCCAAUUCCACCGCUUGGACCCAGAGGACCGCGCAGCCAAGCACGUGCUCGCCCGCGAUGUCGCCGCAGCCGUCAGGCGCCUGCAAUAGUGUCUUUUGGGGCGCCUUGUUUGUGUGUGUGUGUGUGUGUGUG